AUGUCAGGUUUGGAGGUGAUCGGCGGUAUAUCCGCGAUCAUUUCCAUCCUUGAUGCCUCGAUUAAGAUUUAUGACAGUGCUCGGAAAGACAUGAAGUUAUCAGCCGCAUUCGAAGUUGUUCGACGCCGACUCCCAAUCCUCCUCGAUACUUUGGAGGCAUGCAAAAGCCAUCUAGAAUCAAGAAAAGACUCAAUAUCUGAAGAAGCCUUCGAGGCCUUAGAGAAGAGCCUUGAUGCGUGUGAUACAAAAGCUCUCAACUUGAGAGUUAUCUUCGAGAAAGUCGUUCCCGGUGAAACCGAUACACGAGAGAAGCGAUAUCUGAAAGUCCUGCAAAGACUUGGCAAAGGAAACAAGGUCGAAGAGCUUAUGAGAUCAAUUACCGAAGACGUCCAACUCAUUGUCAACCAUAAUGCGGUCCAGUCUGCGAAUCAGCAGCAAAACCUCGAACUUGAAAACAUCAUAAAAGAAAUCAGUUCAGUCGAUUCUUCGACACCUCACGAAGACAACCUGGGCAUGACUUUCACGAAUAAUGGAGGAACACAGCAUAACUACGUCCACAAGGGCUAUGGGGCUUAUCAUGUCAACAGUGGUAAUGGAACGCAGUAUAUUGCUGAACGUCAAAGCUUCGUUAUAAAACCGCAGGCCAACUUCAGCUAUCGCGGACUUGUUGGCAUAUUACGCGGUCAAGCACCUUACAUUCCCUCCGAACUGUUCAUCGGUCGUGGCUACGAGCUUGAUGAGAUUGCAAAAGUUCUACACCCCGACAACAGGGCACAAAAGCAACGGCGCCUAGUCCUCGGGGGCAUUGGUGGUAUUGGCAAGACCCAGCUUGCGAUCGCCUAUUCUGAGUCUGGCCGUGGAUCCUAUGACUCGGUUCUAUGGCUUAAUGCAGUAUCUGAGACCGCAUUACAAGACAGUUUCCGAAUGGUGGCUGGCCUGAUCUUUGACGUUGAUCAACCUAGUGUGUUGGAGGACAAAGAGAUCGAGAGACGUAUCCACCAAUGGCUAUGUACGCCGAAGAAUACUGGGUGGCUAUUGAUCUUUGACAACUACGACGACCCUACUCAGUUUAAAAUUGACCGCUAUUACCCUCCGGCCUCUCAUGGAGACAUUAUUGUCACUACUCGACGGCCGGAUCUCGUCACUGGGACCUCUCUCCAUAUAAAGCCUUUUCAGAAUAUUGAAGAUAGCCUCGCAAUCCUGCAGACCCGAUCAAAACGAGAGAAUGUCCACUUAGAUCCUCAUGCAAAGCGCCUUGCAGAGCGACUUGCAGGUCUUCCUCUUGCCUUAGCUACCGCCGGGACGUAUCUCCAGCGCAGUAUCUUUACUUUCGAACGCUACCUUCGAGAAUACGAGAAACGCUGGAACCUUGACCCGGACCGAUCACUAGAGCUUCAGGAAUAUCAAGAGCGCACCCUCUACACAACGUGGGAUCUGUCAUAUUUUCGUAUAGAAAAGGAAAAUCCGGACGCGGCGAAAAUGCUUAAAAUCCUCGCCUACUUCGACAACCAUAGACUUUGGUACGAGCAUUUUCAUGUUGGAAUUGUCGAUAAUUCCCCCGAGUGGCUUCGUAAAGUCCUCAUAGACGACUUUGAUUUUGAAAAAGUCAUGAGAAUCCUGACCGAUUACUAUUUCCUAGACGUUGAUCAAACGUUUGGGUCAUGGAGUAUGCAUAACUGCGUGCACGACUGGACAUUGGCAGCACUCAAUAAAAAUAUCGACGUAGAGCAUUAUUGGUAUGCUUUUGAUUGCAUUUCCGCGUCUAUCAAAAAUGAUGACUCGGAAGAUUUUGCAAAGCUCUCCUAUGCUCCUUUAGCUGCACAUGCUACGCGACUUGUGCAACAGCACUUGUGUAAGAUCGACGGUACAUACAAAAUUACGCCCUGUCGACUCGAUCAAGCUUCACAAAUUGGAAAUCUACUUCAACGCCAGCUUCAUUUUCUUGCUGCAGAGCAGAUGUAUCAGCGAGCCCUGACUGGGAAAGAAAAAGCGCUCGGAGCGGAUAACCUGUCGACCCUCGAUACUGUACACAACAUAGGGAUUCUAUAUCGGAACCAAGGCAAGCUGGAUCAGGCCGAGCAGUUGUACCAGCGUGUACUAGCUGGGAGAGAGAAAGCACUUGGAAUGAACCAUCCGUCAACCCUUCGCACCAUCAACAAUCUCGGGAUUCUAUAUCGGAAGCAAGCAAAGCUAGACCAGGCGGAGCAGAUGUACCAGCGAGCGCUAGCUGGGUACGAGAAAGUUCUGGUAGAGGACGACAGGUCGAUCCUUCAGACUAUGAAUAGUCUCAGUAGUCUAUAUCAGAACCAGUGCAAGCUAGAUCAGGCCGAGCAUAUGUACCAGCGGGCGCUAUCUAAGGAGCUCGUGCUUGGAGAAAACCACAUGUCGACCCUUGACACUGUCUACAAUCUCGGGGUUCUAUAUUGGAAGCAAGGUAAGCUGGAGCAAGCAGAGCCGAUCUACAAGCAAGUGCUAGCUAGGUACGAGAAAGCGCUUGGAACAGAUCAUCCGUCGAGCCUUACGGUUGCCGAUAGUCUUGGGGUUCUAUAUCGACAACAAGGCAAACUAGAACAGUCGGAGCAGAUGCACCAGCGGGCUCUAGCUGGGAAAGAGAAAGCGCUUGGAGUGGACCAUACGUCCACCCUCGCCUCGAUCAUGAAUAUCGGGACUUUAUACAGUGAACAGGGCAAGCUAGACCUGGCGGAGCAGAUGUACCAGCAGGCGCUAUCUGGGAAAGAGAAAGUGCUCGGAUCAAAUCACUCGUCGACUCUCGAUACUGUCACCAACUUCGGGGUUCUCUAUUGGAAGCAAGGCAAGCUGGAGCAAGCGGAGAAGAUGUAUAAGCGGGCGCUAGCUGGAUACAAGGAAGCGCUUGGGGAAAACCACCCGUCGACCCUCAACGCUGUCCAUAAUCUAGGAACUCUGGGGAGCAAGCCAAGCUGA